AUGAGAGGAGCGGCCUCUACGCUUUGCUGCCUCGCCGCCUGCUGCUGCGGCCCAGCAGCCGCCUUUGCGCCUCAGCUUGCCCCUCGCCACGGCCGCCAGUGCCGCGUCGCACGGCUCGUAGCUGCCGAGCCGGCGGCGGUGGCGGCGCAGAAGCCUGCCGGCCCUCCGAUACCUGGCGGCGGUGGCGGGCCGCCUCCCGGUGGCGGCGGUGGCCCUCCCAAGGGCGGCCCACCGGAGCGGACGGCGGUUCAGAAGGCCCUCGACACACUAUUCGAGCUCGCCUUCAAGGCAUGCCGCCAGCCUUGCAGCCCGCGUCGCCCUGUGCUGUACGCGACGGAGCCGGACCUGCGCCUCGACUCGUACAAGAACCUGCAGGUGCUCUGGGUGCGAGCCCUCCUCGCCUCCUCCGGCCAGCUCGAUGACCCUGUCGCCUACCAGCUGCUGCCGCCCGCCUCGCGCUGGCUCGUCUCGCCGGCGGUCGCGCCGCUGUGGGCUCCGGUGCUCCCCAAGCUCGAGUGGAUUGCGCAGCGCACCUCUUUCCUAGACUCGACGCUCGACGCGUGGAUCGACGGGCUGAAAGCGAGCGGGGUCUCGGCCGCCGAGGCGCAAAUUGCACCCGCUGACCCGAGCUUGCGUCGAGGCGCAGGCGCAGGGUACGACACGCGCGCGCUGCGCUACUCGGGCGACCAGGCGCCCGCCUUCUACGAGGUGGACCUGCCCGUCGUCACGCGCGCCAAGGGCGUCCUCUCCUCGCGGUACGCCGCGGCGACCGGCGCGCGCCCGCGCUCGAGGCGCUCGCGCCGCUCGGCCUCGACCGCAGCAGGCCCUCCUCCUCCCCCUCCUCGAGAGACGGCCCCGCCCUCUCGCCCUCGCGGCCGACGCUGGUCGUCUUCGAGGCGGCGGCGCUGCUGCGCGAGGCGGCGGCCCUCCUCGCCGAGGGACGCCGAGAUGCGCCGAGAUGCACCCGCGAGAUCCGCAGGCCACCCAGCCUCGGAGCUAGCCCUCACCGACAACUUGGCGCCCUUCCUCCGCUCCGCCGACCGCAAGGACGCUGACGACUACUUUGGCGGCUCCCUCGGGCUGCAGCUGCGCCAGCACGAGACGCUCUGGGGCGGCGCGAUCCAGUUUGCGCGCGCGGGGGCGAAGAGCGGGGAGUAAUCGGAUUCACCCACUCACGGCUACCCGCACCCUGGACCGAAUCGCGGCUGUGCGCGGGCCGCGGCGCGCGCGGGGCGGGGGCAGCGGGCGGCCGGGCGCGCCGCCCUCCAGUGGGGUGUGCAGUGAAACGGGUGCGGCGUGCGGCAAAACGUAACGACUUUAAAA